ACCUGCUUGGGCAAUGCCUUUGCGAAUUCAACUUGCGCCUCAAAAACGCCAAAGAAGCAACGCGAAUCUUAUCGUGGAGUCGGAGUCAGUAAAAAAUCAGAUAAUCUGUAUAGAGGUUCUGCUGGAACGCUGAUAAAAUUUCAUGGCUUUACUAUCUGCCUCGUCAGGCUUCCCCCUACCCCAGGAGCUGACGAACAUGAUCAUCGAUGAGCUCGAAGAAGAUUUUUCUUCUCUGCUGGCCUGUUCUCUUACCUGCCGCUCCUUCCUUUCCCCGUCGCGUAGGCGAAUAUUCUCUGGCGUUGCCUUCGAUAACGCAGCCGACAUCCGAGGAUUCUACGCUAUAUGCUCAGAAUCCCCAGAAAUAUCCUUUUGCGUAAAACGCCUAUACCUGCAGGAUUUUUCCGGUUGGAUUAUCACCGAAGACGAUCUUUUAACGUCCAUCGUGAAAGGCUUAGUUAACCUUGGGACUCUAUCACUGCAGAACAUGUCAUUCCAUAAUCUUUCAAAGGAAGUUAAGCUUUGCUCAUACCGACUAAAGCUCCUAGUCCUUGACGAUAUAGCGGUUGAUGACAUCCAGGAGUUUUGUUCGUUUCUUCGCGGCUGUCGUCAGCUCCAUACGUUGUCGAUAUGUGGCAAUCUUAUCUUUACGGGUGGCCAGUCUGACACCUCUCUUCAUGAGGACGAUGAUGAUCCCUCUCCCGUAUCUUCCCUCCGAAACCUGAUCAUUACAUGUACACCCGGUUCCCGACGACUACUGAACACGAUUCUGGCCUGGCCUACACCACCCGUCCGCAUCGACGGGCUUGAGCAUCUCGCCAUACACAUGCAAUUCGACGGUGAUCCUUAUGACCAUUUAAGCGUAGAGAAUCCUUCGCUUCUGAAGAGAAUCGUAGACCUUAAUCGUGAUAACGAUAAGCUAGUCCGUGUUUCAGCCUUAUUCAUGCAGGCAUGCGUCGAUGGCCGCACCCCUCCCCCCUUUGAUCUUCCUGUAUCUCACCUACGUGCGAUAUCCAUGGACCUAGGAGAUUUCCCAGAUAUAUUAGAAGUCAAUCCGCUUCCUAUCCUGGAGUGGUGGACAAACGCACUCAGACCGUCGCGUAACGUUCCGACCCGCUUGGAGUCUCUGAGAAUUCAGCUGUAUCUUGAUGACAAGAGUACCCAGUGCUGUUCCGCCGCGGGUAGAGAGGCUUGGGCAAACCUCGAUUCAGUUUUGGGAGAUGAAGGUCAUCCACUACGGAGAUUAGCGAUCUGUUUAAUUGGAGGCGAGGAUUCCCCUCUUGGAGAAAUAUCAGAGAUAUUAGAUGUGACGGAGAAUGUCAUCAGAGAGUCCAUGCCUCGCCUCGUCCAGAAGGGAGCUCUGUCUUUCAGUAAAGACUUUGGAGACAGGAAGAUGAGUGGGGUAUUGUCUACUAAAUCGAAUUUGUGGCGAGAUGUAUUGUGACAAUCAGUCUCAUACUGACACGAUAUGGGUGUAAUUUCUCGCAGACCCUCGAAGACGUGCACUGAGGCGCUGUGAAAUG